UUCAGAUACUUUUCGGCCUGAAGACCUUAUCGAUUAUUUGGAGAACACCUCCUACAGCUACGAAAACGGGAGUGACCUCUGUUGCAUGGCCCCACCCUGCAACGUCAACCCCAUUCAGGGCUUUGCAAAGAGCUUCCUGCCUCCCUUCUACAGCCUGAUUUGUCUCCUGGGCUUGUUGGGAAACGGGAUGGUGAUCGCCGUCUUGUUACGUGCCAAAGAAGCCCUCCCACGGACGGACAUUUUCAUAUUAAACCUUGCUGUCGCCGACAUUCUCUUAGUUCUGACUCUCCCCUUCUGGGCGAUCCAGGAAUUGUACGGCUCGAUCAUUGGGAAUUUCUUGUGCAAGUUGCUAGGCGGCAUCUUUAAGGUCAACUUCUACGCCAGCAUCUUCUUUUUGGUCUGCAUCAGUUUCGACCGUUACCUCUCUAUCGUUCACGUCAUCCGCAUGUACAAGCGGAACAAGACAUCGGCUACCCACCUCUUAUCCUUGGCCCUCUGGAUCUUCUGCUUUCUCCUCACCCUACCAGAUUUUAUAUAUUUGUCCACAGAUUUUGAUUCCCGCCAAAAAAUUUCCUCAUGCUCCCUCAACUUUCCCAACCGAUACUGGAAAAUCACACUCAGCUUCUUCGAACAGAUAGGAGCUUUCUUUCUCCCGUUUUUGGUCAUGGCCUAUUGCUACACCCACAUCAUCUUCACCCUCCUGCUGUCCAAAGGCUUCCAUAAAUACAAGGCCCUCAGAGUCAUCUUUGCGGUCGUAGCAGCUUUCUUCCUCUGCUGGUCACCUUACCACUUGGUCGAGUUCAUCAUCACCUUGAUCGACCUUGAUAUCCUUGGACGGGAUUGUGAGCGAGAGGAGAAAGUAGACAUUGCCAAAGUCAUCACCACUGCUGUGGGCUUCUUCCACUGUUGCCUCAACCCGCUGCUCUACGCUUUUAUCGGCGUCAAGUUCCGGAACAAAUUCCUGGACCUGCUUGAAAAAUCAGGCUGUGUGAGUCAGGAGUUCCUGAGAAGAUAUGCCAGGCCCUCAACUCAACGGAGGGAUUCUGCUUGGUCCGAAAGUACCACUUUCUCCGGACUCUAAUGGACUCACCGGUAGGGUGUGAGACUCCAGGAAUAUCCAAAAAUUCCACCCUUCAACCAUUGAUUGAACCAUUUUAAAAGAAAGUUAAAAGUGACCCAAAGUCUAUCUGUUGUCCAUGUGUUUUCUUCUACCCCACUGUCAGCUUUGAGUUGUCUAUAGGCGUUGACCUCCUGAAUUUGAAAACUCUUUCAAAAUCUCUUUACCAGAUAUGAUCGUUUCCACAUUGGAAGCACCAACAUGUCUUUCACCUUCUUUUCAAAGCAGAAAAAUACGGCAGUCAUUGGUCUUUGGACGAGAUAAUUCUGAAUGAAACCUGUCAAGGACUACGACUUCAAUACAACUUCUAUGACAUCCUAUGACUCAACCAACGGAUUUUCGAGAUCCUGAAAAUUUACUUCGAAAUGUGGAUUGGGAGAGGAUGACUGCAGUUUAAGAAUCUUGAAACUUCUAUUUCCAUGUGAAGCUUCCCAUUGGUGGGAAAUAUUGGGGCAGAAAGCUGUCCUUUCAUAUUCCACCUGAAA